CCCUAAGUCUCGAGGCUGAAAAUAAUUCAGUUGUGCUUUUUUUUUCUCACUGUAUAAUGAGGGACUGGAAAAGGGGCGCAUAAAAGCUCAUACGCAAAUCUCCUAUGGGAGGUUGCUAUGGUUUCGGGGGGUCACAUGCGCGUGGUUCCCCUGCUUAGAAAGCCAUGCAGAGAUGCUACAUGGUACCACGUGCUGUUGUCAGUCCGCACUGAAAGGAGAAGAGAAAACACCGACGGGGGAAAACCAUCAUGAGACAUCAUCCGACUGGGGUACUGUCCUUGUAGAUUGGGGUUUAAGACACCUAAAACAUACUAAUAAUCAGCCCACGUCAGAUCUGCAAUGAAAUAGCGCUGCACCAAGGGAGUUAGGGUCGUGUUAAAUUGGCGGUGUCAUAUUCGACAAGGGAUCGCCGAUCUGUUAUUUUUGUCCAGUUUCUACUUUAGAUUGCUAUAGGAAUGAGUAUAGAAAUCCCUGCAGGACUGACUGAGCUGUUGCAGAGCUUUACCGUGGAGGUGCUGAGAAACCAGCCGGGUGACCUGCUCGAAUUCGCCUUGCAGUACUUCACCAAAUUGAAAGAGAAUCAAAGUAAAGGAGCAGCUUUCGGCCAUGAGAGGAACACCGCUUUCAGACCUUCCAGAGGGGUUAACUUUGCCGAUGAACCCAUGCAGACAGAUUCGGAAGACGGGGAAGAUGACGAGGAUGAAGAAGAAUUUACAGCUCCAGUAAUUAACAGAUUUACCAGACGAGUAUCAGUAUGUGCAGAAGCUUUCAAUCCAGAUGAAGACGACGACUCUGAACCCCGGGUUAUUCACCCUAAAACCGAUGAACAGAGAAGUCGAUUACAGGAAGCCUGCAGAGACAUCCUUCUCUUCAAGAGUUUGGACCCGGAACAGAUGUCUCAGGUACUAGACGCCAUGUUUGAAAAACUGGUUAAAGCUGGAGAACAUGUGAUUGAUCAGGGUGAUGAUGGCGAUAACUUCUAUGUUAUUGAAAGGGGAACAUAUGAUAUUUAUGUAAAAUGUGAAGGAGUCGGUAGAUGUGUUGGCACCUAUGAUAACCGUGGGAGCUUUGGUGAGCUGGCCUUAAUGUACAAUACACCCAGAGCAGCCACAAUAAUUGCUACCUCACCGGGUGCUUUAUGGGGUUUGGACAGAGCAACAUUCCGCAGAAUUAUUGUGAAAAACAAUGCCAAAAAAAGAAGAAUGUAUGAAGCCUUUAUUGAGUCACUACCAUUCCUUAAGUCAUUAGAGCCAUCAGAACGAAUGAAAGUAGUAGAUGUUAUAGGCACCAAAACAUACAAUGAUGAUGAAAAAAUCAUUGCUCAGGGAGACAAAGCAGAUUGUUUUUAUAUAGUAGAAUCUGGGGAAGUGAGAAUAACCAUAAAGACUAAGUCAAAACAAGACAUGGAGGUUAAUGGUGCUGUGGAAAUUGCUCGAUGUUCCAGAGGACAGUACUUUGGAGAACUUGCCUUGGUUACAAAUAAGCCACGUGCAGCUUCAGCAUAUGCUGUUGGACAUGUCAAAUGUUUAGUUAUGGAUGUACAAGCCUUUGAACGACUGUUAGGUCCUUGUAUGGACAUUAUGAAAAGAAACAUUGCAACCUAUGAAGAGCAACUGGUUGCCCUGUUUGGAACAAAUAUGGACAUCUCUGACCCUAAUGCAUAAAAUGUCAAAGACAUUCACCAAGGCCUGAUGGAAAAUAGCACAGCAGUGGUUAAACCAUUGAAAGUAUACCUGUUUUGUGUCGAUGCCAAGCAUUUCUGUGACAGUAGUUUUCUGAAUAUUUGGAGUAUGCCACUACAGAGGCAGCAACUUUUAUAGUCAUUCUCAACCAUAUGUAUCAGGAGAAUCGAUACAUUGAUGUCCUCAGUAGGCCAUCUUCUGCUAUACAGAAUGGGUACACUUGGCUGGAGGGAUUGUAUUUUUCUGAAUGUGCUAUACUGAAAGUUUUGUAGUUAAAAUGUUUACUGAUAGUAGUACCGGUGAUGGAAUUCACUUCAGCCUUUAAGGAUGAAUGUAAUUGCUUUCUCACUGUACUACAAACAAGUAGAAGAGUUUAUGUACGUUCUUUAUUGCUUACCAUACAUUAUUAUGUCACCUUUAUGUAAUAAGUAUGCUGUUUUAUCUUUUUUUUCAAGUCACACUGAUUUGUGUCAUCUCCUUAUUAAACAUGUACAUGAAUAAAGUCAAAAAUGAUUUGGUCAAGUUGACCAUAAUGUUACAUAGCCAUAUGCAGUCCAAGGCAUUCAUACUUUGCAAUAAACCUAAACAUUCUGGCUUCUUACAAGAUGCCAGGCUCAGUUUUUCAUUCCUUUUUUAAAAUGUUCUGAUAUUCAUAUGAUCUCUUUUUAUUGCAGGUCUGUUGACAUUUUAGACUUGCGUUAGACAAGAAAAAGGAAGUAAGACAGCCAAAAAAUGAUGGAGAUACUGUAGUUACAGGCAAUGCAAGUUAGCAGAUAAAACAAAAUCUGCCCUUGUGCUUUUAUAGUGUUGAUGUUCAUCAUAUACAUUCAUGAACAUGUUCUCAUCAUCUACUACUACAGUUUAUGUGAGAACAUAGUUUAAAGUCUUACUUGUUUUUUUCUUGUGUUUUUUGUUAGUGUCACCUGCUUCUGUUAAGUCUGUAUCAGGAGAAUUUUAAUAGAUUUUUUUGGGUUCACUUGUUACAUUAUAGUUCUUCCUUUUCUGUGUAAAAAAAAACAGUAUUAAAAGGGUGGCAUAGUGUGUUUUGUUGGGGACAGCAGACUCUUUAAUCAGAUUGUGAAACAUGUUCUUCUGUGUCAUAUAUUUACUGGACAAACAAUGGGAUAAAGCCAGGAACUCAGAAAAUGUAAUAUAUAAGCAGUUUGAAACCAGGAUGGUGUAAACAAUGAUUUCAUACAUUCUUUUUGUAAUUUCCUGCUUUUUAAAUUGUCUGAUGUCUUCCAGUUUCAUUCUAAAAACAUACAUGAUCCUCCAGUUCUGACAUUUAAUUAUUUAUAUUUGUUUAAAUAAAUGGAUUGUCAAUAAGAA